AUGCGACAGAUAUUCAUUCUAAUCGCUCUUUUCCUAGCAGGAUUCGCGGCUUCUCAAGGCGCAGCAGGGUCCGCCCAGGCAGGCAUUCCAGGAAGCUAUCCAGAAAGCCCUCCACAAAGCCGUCCACAAAGUCCCCCGCAAAGCCCUCCAAGUAGCCCUAAACCAGGUCCUAAAGCCGACACUGGCAAACCCCAGCCCGCGCUUUCUCUGAAGGCAGAAUUGGAAAAGAGAUGUCGUGAGAUUAGCAUACAUGAAGCACCUCGCGAUGAUUACAGGGGGAGUAUGUACGCUUUCGUGGAUACCAUCUGCGAUGAUGACCCGAAGAACUAUCCGAAGCACUAUCAGGACGCCGAUCAUAGAGACCCACAUAAGCCAAAAGAGCUGAAAUCGACCGUCAAUUUGGGCAGGUGUCUUGGUUGGGAUAAGAAGAAUGGAGGGUUUAUCAAAGAGAUUGACUACAAGCGAGGUACCAAAGAUGGCGAGAAUAAUUUGUCAUGUUGGUGUCAGUACGGUAAAGGUGAAAGGGUACAGGACCCGAUCAGAAAGAAAAUGGCUAUUAAGAUGGAGUUUGACUUAGGCGAGCCCCCUUGCACCACUGAUCAUAUAAUUACUCUUAACUAA